UGGUGGGUUGGGUAUAUCAGUGGAGUGGAGAGGAAGGUGGGGGUCGGGUAUAUCAGUGGAAGGCGUCCGUUCUCCCUCGCCACAGUGUCUCCUGCCGCAGUCAUGACCGGAGUGCUCACCAGGACCUUCCUGCUGGGGGUCGCCGCCCUCCUCCACACAGCCGCAGGCGCUGAAGAGGACCGCUGCCCCUGCAUCCUCCUGAAGAACGAAUGGAGCGGUAACUACGAUGCCGAGUUCACGGCCUCAACCCUCCAGCCCUUCUUCGGCUACGAAAUCAUCUUGACUUUUGACCGACCUGUUGACUCGCUCGAUGUGUGGCAGGGCACCUAUGAGAAGAUAGAUGACACUCACAUCAAAAUCACCGACGAUAACUUGUUCGUGGGGACAGGCGGAGUGGUGGACUUCUCCUUCCAGGUGCAUUUCUCAGGCGACGUCCACCCCGAGAUCAUCGGAGCCACCUUGAACGGCGUCGACGUCUGUGAUGGAGGACCAAAGUGGACAACGCUGUACCCUUACACUAAUCCUUGUGAGGAGACUGGCAUGAGGCCAUACGACUACAGUCAGGCACUGUGUAUGUCCUUCCUGUUCUAUGAAGCCCAGAGGUCAGGUCACCUUCCCGACACCCAGAGGGUCACAUGGAGGUGGGACUCCGCCUUAGACGAUGGGUCAGAUGUGGGUCACGAUCUUACUGGAGGAUACUAUGAUGCCGGGGACCACGUCAAGUUCGGCUUCCCCAUGUCCUACACGGCCACCGUCCUCGCCUGGGGACUCCUCGACUUCCCUGACGGAUACGAGGCUGCAGGUCAAACGGCCUAUGGUAAGGAGGCGGUCAAAUGGGCCACGGACUACUUCAUCGAGGCCUACACCGCCCACUGGGAGUUCUGGGGACAGGUGGGGCAGGGGGGAAUCGACCACGGGUACUGGGGCCGCCCUGAGGACAUGUACAUGGAGCGACCAUCUGCCAAGAUUGACGAGCAAGCCCCAGGGUCUGAUCUGGCCGGAGAGACAGCAGCUGCCUUCGCCGCCGCCUCCAUCCUCUUCCAGGAGGACGACCCAGCUUACGCCUCGCAGAUAUUGGAUAUAGCCAAGGAGCUGUACGACUUUGCAGACCAGAAGCGACUGGAAUAUCACAACUCCAUCACCGACGCUGCCGCCUUCUACAGGUCCUGGAGCGGUUACGGUGACGAGCUGGCCUGGGCGGCCCUCUGGCUCAACAGGGCGACGGGCGACGCCACCUACCUGACGAAAGCGCGGGAACACUGGGACGAGUUCAGCUUGGGAGAGGACGCGCUCCAGUUCUCUUGGGACGAUAAGAAGGCUGGAGUCUACGCUCUGGGGUCACUGGUGGACCCCGACAACGCCCAGUAUGAGACGGCUCUCAAGGCCUUCCUAGAUUACUUGAAGAACGAUGCCAAGUACACCCCUAAGGGCCUCGUCUUCUUAGACAUGUGGGGAUCCAAUCGCCACGCUGCUAAUGUCGCCUUCCUCUCUCUCUGGGCGGCCAAAUACGGUGACCAGGCCGAUGCCGAGGCCAACCGCCAGUGGGCCAAGGGACAGAUGCACUACAUCCUUGGUGAUGUCGGCCACUCCUUCGUCGUCGGCUUCGGUGUCGAUCCUCCACAGAGACCCCAUCACCGCUCCAGUUCGUGUCCGCUGCCCCCAGCCUCCUGCACCGACGGCUGGGCCCAGAACCAAGACGGACCCAACCCCCACGUCCUCUACGGCGCCCUCGUCGGCGGCCCGGCCGAGGACGACUCGUACACGGACGUGAGGACAGACUACACACACAACGAGGUCGCCUGCGACUACAACGCCGCCUACUCCGGGGCGCUCGCUGCCUUGAUCGAGCUUAACUAAUGGAACUAUAGACGACAGACCCUUCACUUAUACGCUAGAAUGAAGUGAGGUUCUUUUGUCUAUUCUGUUGAAUAGACAACAGAACCAUCCCUUUCUCGCCAAGCAGAACUAUAGACGGCAGAACUCUCUACACCAUUCCUCCCCAGAUGAUAAACACUUGCUAGAACUAUCACCAACAUAGCUCACAAGCUCCUCAUCGUGAGCAUUAUCAAUAGACAAUACAAUUACUGUCGAGGCCAGAUACUAGAAUUGUUACCAGUGCGCACUUCGUCCUUCCUAAACCAACAUAUAUAACACUAAAUCAAUUUGUUUCAUUAAUUAUUGUGUAAUGAUAAUUUUAGUCAUAAGAAUGUGCACACAAAGAACGCAAGAGGUAAACAAGUGUAGGGGAACAGAGUUACAGCGACAAGUGAAGCCACUAAUAUGCAAAGCAUUACCAGGCUGAAGAUCACAGGUCAUACUUUAGUUUACGUCUUGUCAAUAAAUGCAAUAAAUUA